AUGCUAAAAUUAACAGAGUUAGGCCAUGCUGUCGAUUCUUAUGGUACUUAUGAUGCCAAAGCAUCUCAUGAUUUAGGUAAACAUCAUAAUCAUCAGGACCAUGAUAAUCAUAGGCAUCAUAAGAUUGGUCACCAUGGUAGAUAUGUCGCUGCUGCUUCAGAGUUGAAAGGAUCAAAUGGCUCACCAGCUCGUCAUCAACGACGAUUUGAUGAUAAAGGUUUCCCUUUGGAUGGUGAACAUGGUAAUGGUCAUCCUAACGGUCCAGUUAAUGCUAAUGGUUUUGAUCAGAGCUUCAGGUCAGGUGAUUUUGGUUCAGGUAAAAAUCAACAGAGAGGAAAUAAUUUCCAUGGCAGGGAACGAGAAUCAACCGGUGGUAAACACAAUUUCUCAGGUAAAAGUGGCUUCGAUCGUGAUCCUUUCCAAUCAGCUUUCGGUGAAAGUAAAUUUGGUGAAAGCAAAUUCGGUGAAGGUAAAUUAGCAAUUAAUAGUGAUCGUGAUGGAGAUGGUGAAUAUCGACGAUUAGCAAGUAAUUAUCCUCGAGCUGAAGAAGGUCACAAAUAUAGUAAAUCAUCAUUAGAUUAAUCCAAUUGUCGUAAUCAACUAUUUUCAUUCAAUUAUUAUCAAAGCAAAAAGUUUCUCAAUGAAAUUAUUGUUUUUUGAUUUUCAUCCUUGUAAAUAUUAAUCCCGUUCAUUAUUUAAACCUUUCAAAUUGCUAAUUGUUUUAAUCAUCUUUCUACCUUUCAAUCAAUUCAUAUUUUUAUAAUUCCUAAAAUUGUAUUAACUGUAUUAACCUCAAAUCUAUUUAUUAAGCCAAAUAAAAUAUCUUGAAGUAGUUGUAAACAAUAUAAUCUCCAAUUUUCAAUAUUA